AUGGAACAAAAAGUAAUUGCAUUAAGCGUUAUUGAAACAUCUAUUGACGGUAACCAAACAGACGUAAGAUGUUUCGGUAUUCAUAAACAUUGGGGUAGUUAUGAUACAUAUAUUAUUCAUCCACCGAUUAUUGGUGAGAACUUUGAACGAAUAUUGAAUGCAACCGAUAUCGAUAUUGGUGGAGUACUAGGAAUAAUCAAAGCUUAUCAUUUACAUACGAGUAAUGUUCGAACUUAUGAUUCCAAAGUACGCAUUAAUCACAAUGGAAAAUCUUUGCAAGCACCGCCAAUUGAUUAUCUACCAUGA